GCAGCUCUCCAUUCACUGUGUCCCCCCCCGCCCCCCCCCCCCCCCCCCCAGGGAACAACACAACCUCAGCCCGCUUGAGCGGGAGUCCCACUGAGGCGCCCUUUGGGGCGUCAGCUGCCACUGUCACCACCAGGUGGCGCCCCUUGCACCAGCCCGAUCCCCACCCGCCCAGCUCACUAUCUCCCCCCAAUAUUUCCUUUCACUUUCGAUCUCCGGCUGUCACCCGGCGUGGCCCCUUCCACACCCAGCUGGGGCAAGCCUGAUCCGGCCACAGGCAUGAGGGGCCCCGGGCCGAAAUGAUAGUGCUGGCGCCAGCCUGGAGCCCAACUACCUCCCUGCUGCUCUUGCUGCUGCUGAGCCCCGGCCUCCGCGGGACCCCGGACUGCUCCUUCCCCCACAGCCCCAUCUCCUCCACCUUCACCAGCACCAUCGGCAAGCUGUCUGACUACCUGCUUCAAGAUUACCCAGUCACUGUUGCCUCCAACCUGCAGGACGACGAGCUCUGUGGGGCUUUCUGGCGUCUGGUCCUGGCCCAGCGCUGGAUGGGACGGCUCAAGACCGUGGCUGGGUCCCAGAUGGGGAAACUGCUGGAGGCUGUCAACACCGAGAUACACUUCGUCACCUCAUGUGCCUUCCAGCCCCUCCCCAGCUGUCUUCGCUUCGUCCAGGCCAACAUCUCCCACCUCCUGCAGGACACUUCCCAGCAGCUGGUGGCCUUGAAGCCCUGGAUCACCCGCCGGAAUUUCUCCAGGUGCCUGGAGCUGCAGUGUCAGCCGGGUAAAGACUCCUCCACCCUGCUGCCCCCAAGGAGUCCCGGGGCCUUGGGGGCCACAUCCCUGCCGGCCCCGCAGGCCCCUCUUCUGCUCCUCUUGCUGCUGCUGCUGCUGCCCGUGGCCCUCCUGCUGCUGGCCGCUGCCUGGUGCCUGCACUGGCGAAGGAAGAGACAGAGGAUGCCUUACCCUGGGGAGCGGAGGAGGACACUGAGGCCCAGAGAGAGGAGUCACCUGCCCGAGGACACAGAGUCGGAACUUGGAGGAAGUCAGCUAGAAACUGGUCCUUUCCUUGGCCACAUUGCUCCUGUCACUGUCUGCCCAGGAUGGAGGCAACGCCAGCACCAAGCAGCGGCCCCGGCCUCACCCUCCCCCCUCUGUACAAAGCCCUUGUCCCCAGGAAAUUGUAUAUAAAUCAUCCUUUUCUACCAGCUCUGGCCAGGC